CCUCGCAGGCUGCGCCGUCUCCCGCGGGUCCGCUUCCUCAGGGGAACGAUGGCCGCGGAGUCCACCGCCGCCGCCGCCGUCGACGCGGAGCUGGUUCCGGCCGACAAAAUUGAAGAAGAUUCUCCUGCUCCUUCUACCUCAGCAGAUAAAAUAGAGAGUUUGGAUGUGGAUAGUGAAGCAAAGAAACUACUGGGUUUAGGACAGAAACAUCUGGUGAUGGGGGAUAUUCCAGGAGCUGUCAAUGCAUUCCAGGAAGCAGCUAGUCUUUUAGGUAAGAAGUAUGGAGAAACAGCUAAUGAGUGUGGCGAAGCCUUCUUUUUCUAUGGGAAAUCACUUUUGGAAUUGGCAAGAAUGGAGAAUGGUGUGUUGGGAAAUGCCCUGGAAGGUGUGCAUGUGGAAGAGGAGGAAGGAGACAAAGCAGAAGAUGAAUCUCUGGUAGAAAAUAAUGAUAACGUAGAUGAGGAAGCAAGGGACGAGUUGAGAGAACAGGUUUAUGACGCCAUGAAAGAAAAAGAAGCAAAAAAACUAAAAGAAAAGUCUCUGGCAAAGCCUGAAGCUGAUACAGAACAGGACAUCAAAAUGGAGAAGGGUGGAAGAGAAGAUAUGGAUGUCAGUGAAUCUUCAGAGAAACUACUGGGAAAACCUGAAUCAACUUCAGAUCAAUUAACUGAAGCCACUGAAGAGGCAAAAGGAACAUCAGCACCAGAAGGACUGAAAGAAACUGAUGUCACUUCUGUGAAGUCAGAGCAGGAAGUACCAGAUGCUGAAGAGGGAAAAACACUUUCCGGCACGGAUGCUCAAGAAGAGGACGUUGAAAAAGCUGUUCAGGAGAAGCAGGAAGAAGUACUUGUAAACGUAAAGGAGAAGCCAGAAGAAGCCUCAGAAGAGCAACCUGUUGUGAAUUUAGAAAAGCAGAGUGUUACAGUGGAGGUAGAAGCGAAGUCUGUAGACCCAACAGUUGAUAUCGGCGGUGAUGAGUCAGAGACGCAGGUAGCUGCCCCUGAAAAUGAGCCAGGAAAGGCCGCUCUUGCGCCGAUGUUCGCACAAGAAGUAAUUCCUGCUGAAGAGUCGCCGGAGGUGACGGCAGCAGGUCCAGAGGCACCAGCUGGAGGAGCUGAGUCAGAAAUCAAGGAGAAGCCAGGGCAGGAAACCGCAGCUCUUCCUGAGGAUGGUACAUUUAAUGGAUUGUCAGUUGCAGGAGAUCAGACUGUUAUGGAAACAGAGAUUUCUGCAGGAGUGACAGAAACAAAGGAUGGCUCAGGAUUAGGUGAGGGCAGUGCAGAAAUAGUACCUAGUCAGGAUACUAAGUUGUCUGUAGAAGAAGCUGAGGCAGCUGGAGAUGGGGUUGAGAACAAAGUAACCCAGGGGGAUACUGAGGAAUCUCCUGAAGACAAAGUUAAGCUAGCUGCUAAUGAAGAGACAGAAGAGAGAGAAGAACAGAUGAAAGAGGGUGAAGAAACUGAAGGCUCAGAAGAGGAAGACAAAGAAAAUGAUAAGGCUAAAGAAACACCAGCUGAUUCAGUUAUUGAAAAUAAGUCUUUUCAUGAAAAUGAAGAGGAAGAGAUUGGGAACCUAGAACUUGCCUGGGAUAUGCUGGAUUUAGCAAAGAUCAUUUUUAAAAGGCAAGAAACAAAAGAAGCUCAGCUUUAUGCUGCACAAGCUCAUCUUAAGCUUGGAGAAGUUAGUGUUGAAUCUGAGAAUUACGUCCAAGCUGUGGAGGAAUUUCAGGCUUGCCUAAACUUGCAAGAGCAGUACCUGGAUGCCCAUGAUCGUCUGCUGGCUGAGACCCACUAUCAGUUGGGUUUGGCAUAUGGGUACAACUCUCAGUACGAUGAAGCAGUGACACAGUUUAGCAAAUCCAUUGAGGUUAUUGAAAAGAGAAUGGCUGUACUAAGUGAGCAAGUGAAGGAGGCGGGAGAAGCCUCUACUGAAUGUGAGAAAGAAAUCGAGGAACUAAAGGAACUGCUACCUGAAAUUAGAGAGAAGAUAGAAGAUGCGAAAGAGUCCCAGCGUAGUGGGAACGUCGCUGAAUUAGCUCUGAAAGCAACUUUGGUGGAGAGUGCUACUUCAGGUUUCACUCCUAGUGGAGGAGACAGUUCGGUCUCCAUGAUUGCCAGUAGAAAACCAACAGAUGGUGCUUCCUCAUCAAAUUGUGUGACUGAUAUUUCCCACCUUGUAAGAAAGAAGCGGAAACCAGAAGAAGAAAGCCCCAGGAAAGAGGAUGCAAAGAAAGCCAAACAAGAGCCAGAGGUGAAUGGAGGCGGUGGGGAUACUGUUUCCAGUGGAAAUGACGUUUUAGAAAACAUGCAGGAAGAGACCGAGAAUCAGGCCGAAAGUCGGGCAGCAGUGGAGGGGACGGUGGAGACUGGAGCUACAGUUGAAAGCACUGCAUGUUAAGAAAGGGAGCUUAUAGCCUUCCUCCUGAGGGAAAGUGUUUUUGUAUAUAAUGUAUUUUUUCACUUUGGGGGAAUUCUUUUUGUAUAACUUCAAUAAAGAUUGUAAGCAAAGGUU